CAACAUCCCCAGUUAACAGAAAAACGCACGACAAACAUAAAUUCGUGGAAAUUACGCACGGGUGUUUUUUCGUAGCUCAAUAGUAAUAUUUGUUUAUUUUUUUCGGUUCUAAAUUAAAUGAAAGCACACAUGCAUAUGCAAAUGAUAUAGUGUAAUUUGUGUAUUAAUUAAAGGCAAUUGCAAAUGUUAGAUUUUAAGAUGGAUAUCAAAUGCAAUCAGCGCAGCAGCAAAAGCAGAAGCAGCGGCAAUAGCAACAACGGCAACAACAACAACAACAAGAAAAAGGCUGACUGACUACACCCAAAAACGCAACAAGAAAAAGGCAGCAUAUAAAGGAAACAGUUGGAGGCGAGGAAUAACAAAACGACAGGAAAAAUGAAGUAAAAGCGACAACAGCGAACGAAACGGCACUUCAGUUGCAGUUGUAGUGGAGUACAUACGCACGGUCACACACACCAGCAGGCACAUACACACGUACAUACAUACAAAUACUAACAAAAGCAGCACACAAAGAGACAUUUGCAUGCAUAUGUGUGGGUGUAUCAGCAGCAGCAGCAGCCCAGCUCCAGCGUACAAACUUCGGGUUCAUUCGGCAGUCGUCGUUCGUCGUUGCUCGCUCGCUCGCUCGCUCGCUCGUUUGUUCGUUCGUUCGUUUUGUUCGCACGCUCGGUUUAUCGUGUUGGAGUAACAGCAUUCGCCUACGCAGCAGCAGCAGCAGCAGCAGCCGCCGCAGCAGCAGCAACGACAGGCAAAGGAAGCGGUUUAAGAAUGCAUGGGCAUGCACAAAGUACGAAGCACGAAACACGAGAAAUGCGAGAAACACAAGAGAAAUGCAAAUUUAACAGAAAUUGAAAUAAGUGCAACGGGUUUCCAAUUCCACAGCGCAUUGUAAUUCAAAACGCAGUCGCAAAUUUAUGCCAAACUGAUCAAAAGCGGGUGCGCGCGCGAUAGAAAGAGGGAGCGCGAAGAGUUUUCGUGCAGAGUGAGAGACAUAGGCCCUGAAGAGAAACCAGCGAGAGAGAGAGAGAGAGAGCGAGAGAUCAAGCGCCGUUAAAUCGGAUCACGUCCAUUUUAGCCACAGCCGCAGUUCCUUUGUUAUAUACCCAAUUGCUGCUCCUGCCUCCUGCUUGGGACGUCGACGUCGUAAUAUGGAUUGUGGUGCUUUUGCCGCGCAGCAGCAGCAACUAUUACAACAACAUCAGCAGCAACAGCUACAACAGCAACAACAACAACAUCUGCAGCAGCACCCACGACAACAAAAUACGCUAAAUUGCCUGGAAGCAACAGCAACAACAAAUAUAAGUCAGCUAACUAGCCAGGGGAUCAUCGUUGGCAGCGCUGCCAGCGAAGGAUCGGAGGCAGUUGGUGCUGUCACCAGCGGCAGUCCACAGCACAAGUUGCUGGGCAUUGGGGAUAAUUCGAGCGGCGCUGGCGCCGUCAAACUGCGCAAGCAGAGCAGCGAACGAACGACGCCGGACGCCAAAUCGCACGCCUCCUAUCGCAUCUCCAUGGCCAAUCUGGAGGAUACACAAGAGUCCGAGCUGGAUCUGAUACUCGGCGAGCUGAGCUUGCUCGAGGCCCAGAUCAGCUACGGUGAGGCGAGCUUUCUGCCCGGCGUGGCAGCUGCCACCGCCGCCGGUCUUGGCGUUAAUGCUGUUGGAGGUUUGGCUACUCCGCCGCCUCCGCCGCCACCUGGCCUGGCCACCGUAUCGGCAGCCUCGUCGCGCACACAUUCACGCACAAACAGCAGCAUAUCCGGCGAUGUAAGCACCACAUCCUCCUCGUCGGGCAUCUCAGAGAACGGCAAUGGCCCCAGCAGCAUUGGGCUCAGUGCUGCUGCAGGCAAUGGCGGCGGCAUCGGAAUUGGAGUCAUGGGCAUCACCACUGGACACAUGACCAUGGGCAUUACGCUGGGCGUUGUGACGCCACGUGAGCCGCGCACCGAAUCGCCGGACAAUGAUUCGGCAUUUAGUGACACCGUUUCGCUGCUCUCCAGCGAGUCAUCCGCCUCGUCCAACACCUCGCUGCAGCAGCAGCAACAGCAGCAGCAGCAACAGCAACAGCUGCAACAGCAGCAGCAACUGCAGCAACUGCAGCAGCAACAGCAACAGCAGCAACAGCAACUGCAACAGCAACAGCAACUGCUGCAACAGCAGAAAGUACAUUUGCAGCAACAGCUGCAGCAACAUCAUCAGCAGCCGCUGCAGUCCUCAACAAAGGCAGCCAAAAUACAGCUGGCGCUGCACAAGCUCGAGAGCGCCUCCGUGAGGCGUCUCUUUGUCAAGGCGUUCACGUCCGAUGGUGCGUCCAAGUCGCUGCUCGUGGAUGAGCGCAUGGGCUGCGGCCAUGUGACGCGCCUGCUGGCCGACAAGAAUCAUGUGCAGAUGCAGCCCACGUGGGCGCUGGUCGAGCACUUGGCUGAUCUGCAAAUGGAGCGCCUGUUUGAGGAUCAUGAGCUGCUGGUGGAUAAUCUGAUGACGUGGAAUUCGGAUGCCGGCAAUCGUGUACUGUUCCAGCAGCGUCCGGAUAAGGUGGCGCUCUUUGCCAAACCCGAGCUCUAUUUGCCGGGGCCACAGAUGGCGCCCGGCUCGCAGCAUGAUGAUCAGACGCGUCACAUGCUGUUGGAGGAGUUCUUUGAGACGCACGCCCAGCUGCAGCUGGACGGGCCGCUCUAUAUGAAGGCCGAUCCGAAGAAGGCCUGGAAGCGGCAUCAUUUCGUGCUGCGCUCCUCGGGCCUCUACUAUUUUCCCAAGGAGAAGACGAAGAACACACGCGAUCUCGCCUGCCUGACGCUCUUCAGCGGCCACAAUGUCUACACGGGCAUGGGCUGGCGCAAAAAAUACAAAUCUCCGACAGAUUAUACAUUUGGCUUCAAAUCGGCGGUGGACUCGUCCCUGGGCAAAUCCUGUCGCUCGCUAAAAAUGCUGUGUGCCGAGGAUGGCGUCACACUGGAUCGCUGGCUGACCGCCAUACGCAUCUGUAAAUAUGGCAAACAGUUGUGGCACAAUCAUAAGCUGCUCAUGGAGGAGUUGUGCUCGGGCGCCGGCACCGGCGGCAGCUUUGCCGCCUCGAUGCGCAGCGAAUCGAUUAGCAGCAUCUCAUCGGCGGUGCCAUCGCAAUGCGGCAGCGUCUCCUCGGCCAUAAGCAGCAUGUCGAACUCCAGCAGCGGACGCAUCUCGCGCGCCUCCAGCUCCAGUUCGAGUGGCUGCCUGUCGGAUGAGAACAAUGCCUUCGAUUCGGAGUUCACAACCGGCACCAUCAAGCGCAAACCCUCCAUGAAGCCCAAUCUGCCGCUGACCACAAUGACGCGCCAGCUGAAGGAAGUGGGCGAAAUAACCACCGGCCCCGUGGCGGUGGCCACAGCAGCCGCCACAGCGGUCGGCGAAUCGGCUGCCUCGCCGGAGCGCAGCGGCACACUGACGCGACGGCACAGUCGCCGCAAAUCGCAGGAGAGCAACGGCAGCAGCGGCGGCACGCUCAAGCGUCGCCCCGUCGUGGCAGUCAGUGCGGCGGUGAAGCGUGAGGUGAUCUGCUCGGCGACAAACGAUGGCGGCUCCUCGUCGUCCAGCAAUUCAACGCCGACGCCCACGCCCAGCAUUUGUGCCAAGCCGCCGCCCGGGCUCAGCGAUGCGGAGCUAAUGUGCUCAUCCACAUUGUCGCUGGACUCGCUGCCGCCGCCGCCCCCGCCACCCGCUUUGCAUGCCGACGAGCAGGAUGUGUACGGAUCACAGCUAUCGCUGGCCUCACUGCCACCACCGCCGCCGCCCGAGGAUGUGCUGGCCUAUGUGGAGCCCACAUCGCCGCUGACGCCAACGCCCAUGUCCAUGGGCAUGGGCAUGCCCAUAGGCAUGGGCAUGGGCAUGGUCAUGCCCAAUAGCAAUGGCACACUGCCGCCCGCGGUGCCCGCAAAGCCCAUGAAGCCCGCUGUCAAGCAAACGCUGAAAGCGGCGCCACCCUACAAAGCGCCGCCCGACUAUGUGGGACCCGUCGGCUUGGGCGGCACUGCAGCAGGCGGCCCAGUCGCCCAGUUGCCGCCGCUGCCGGCGCCCGUGCAAAAGAAGGUCUCGUUUGCGGACUCGCCGGUGCUGCUGCGCCGCAAAAUGUGCUCACCGGAACCGCAAUUGCCGAUGCGUGCGCCCAGCACAACGCUCAGCACUGGCUCCAACGGUAGCGCCGGCGCCGGCGCCGGUUAUUCCCAGCCGCAGCCCAUCUACUCGCCCGGGCCGCUGCUGCCACCACGCAGCGAUCUGUCGCGACUGUCCGGCUGCAGUCAGAAUGGCAGCGAUGUGAUGACAUCACCGAAGCGUCUGCAGGAAUCAGCAUCGAAUCCGCCGCGCGAUUUCCUUAAGGAUCUGCAGCGUGUGAUGCGCAAAAAGUGGCAGGUGGCACAGAAAUGCAAACUGGAGCCGGCAACAACGCCGCACGAGGUGCUCGGCUUUCGUGAUUUCAACAACGAGGAUCUGCUUGCCGCCCACAAUCUCAACUCGGGCGCCAACUCCUCGCAUUACUAUCGCGAGACGGCCAAUGUCAGUCACUGGGUGCAGGAGCACUACGAAUAUGCGCACAACGAGUAUGCGCUCUACGAAAAUGUCCAUGCCCAGAGCAAUGGGGCGGGCGGCACCAGCAACAGCAACAAUGCCACAACAACAGUGGAUGCAGCUGGUCCGCCGCCAGUGCCGCCGCCAGCGGCUGUGGCAGAUGCAACAGCGGCGCUGCGCAAAAAGCGUCCGCCUCCGCCGCCGCCCAAGCGCAGCGAUUCCACGCAUCUGACGCAUCGUGUCUAGAAACUGGGAGAUAAUCGCUUCAGCAGAGUUGUCGCCAGUGCAGUGCCACGGUCUCUCUCUCUCUCUCGCCCUCUCUCGCAUUCAUUCUCCCGGAUCUGCUGGCUUCAACGAUCCUGCAACAACAACAACAACAACAACAAUUUCUACGUGUCUAAACUUAAGUGCAAAAGCAAAUUCCUAACUAAGAGCAAAACAAAAACAAAAACAGGCGAAACAACCCUAAAUACUAGUACAUAAGUCUGGUUGCGUCGAAUACGCCCACUUCUCAAGUAUUAUAUAUUCAGUUCAGCUUCAUUAGCCUAUUUUUCAUGUGUGCGGCAAAAGAGUUUCUCUCUAAAUUUUGUAAAAUACUGAGUGUACUGAGUGUGCACGCACAGCGCUGGGUAUUUGUAUAGGUGCACUACUGAAAUAUGUAUUUAAACUUUGUGAGAAAGUUUCAGUUUUUACGAGCAGAAGGUAACAUUUUAAUUGUUAUCAAUUUAGUUGAGAUAAUGUGCCCAAUGCCUUAUCGUUAGUUAAUGAGCUUUACUUUUAUAAAUUCGAAAUAUUGUUAUCAUUUUA